AACCUAGACCGUGGCCUAGGUUGGGUCUGCAUUUCAGCGUCUGUGUCUGCUGCGAGGUUCUCCUCUCCUAACCGUCCUACAUUUCUGGUGGAGAGGAAAAAUAAGGCUUUGGUUCUUUCCUCCGAACCAGAAAUCAAGCAUGGUCCCUUCGACGCUGUUUCGUGCUUCUACUUGCCUUCUUUUUCUCGCCCUGUUCUUCGCUUUAGCAUACUCCAUUCCUGACCCUCAACCGCUUCGUCUUGUUGUCUCUGAAUCCACAACUCUGCAACUAUCUCGUGGCUUGCCUGUGCAAAAUUCACCAGGUUCCAAACCUGGAACUGUGGUGGUUUGUGAAAGAGUAUACAUCCAAGGAUUAUUGAGGAUUAAAAAUCUGUGGAAGCUUGCCCACACGGUAAAAGUGAAGCUUUCCAUGAUAAAUUCAAGUGCUCGGAUACCGAAUUUAGAGGUUUGUUUUCACAGGAACAUGUCUCUUGGUAUAGGGAUGUGUCCACAAAGUCAGUGGGAGAAAGUUGCCAAGGGUUCUUGGGCUCAAUCCAUGUCGCCGUUUGACCACAAGCUUAUAGAUAUCAGAACUUCUGGGUUAUCCCUGGAAAGUUUUGAGGUAUCUAUUGAAGAAGAAUUCUUUAUGUACCGCAUAAUUUUUUUAAUCCUGGGCUUGGUGUUGAUGAGUUCGGCCUCCAUUCUUGGCAAGUCAUUGGUAUUCUAUUAUGGAAGUGCUAUGACAAUUGGAGUUCUCCUUGUAGUGUUAAUGAUCCUUUUUCAGGGGAUGAAGCUUCUUCCUACUGGUCGGAAGAGCUCACUUGCAAUUUUUCUAUAUGCAUCUGCAGUUGGUCUGGGAUCUUUUUUCCUCCGUUACAUACCUGGAUUAUUGCAUCAAAUACUUUUGGAAAUGGGUAUAAGUGAGGACAUGUAUAAUCCUGUAGCUACAUUUCUACUGGCUUUUAUUUUUCUGAUUGGAGCAUGGUUGGGCUUUUGGGUAGUCCACAAAUUUGUCCUUGAUGAAGAUGGAUCAAUUGAUACUAGCACAUCGCUUUUUGUCACAUGGUGCAUACGGAUUUUGGCUGCUCUUCUGAUUCUUCAGUGUUCUUUGGAUCCAUUGCUGGCAACAGGAGUUUUAAUAUGUGGAAUAAUGGCUUCAUCAAUACUGAGGAGAACUUUUAAGUUGAGAUUUCUUCGUCGGCAGUACAAGAAUUUGUUCAAAUCGCCAAAGAGAAAACUCAAGCGAUCUCAUAUCUCUGAUACGCCACGUUUUGAUGAUUCUGAUGACGAACUCGCCAUGAAGUCUCCCCUGAGUUAUGAAGACCCCAAGUUUUACGGAUCUCAAGACAGAAACUUCGCCCUUCAGUCCUGCAGUCUUUCUGAACGUGAUGAAUAUCCUUCGACAUUCCAUUCCACACCUGGACGGAGAGAAUUUUCUAAGGAUGAGUGGAAAAGGUUCACGAAGGACUCAACCGAAAAAGCUUUGGAAGGACUAGUUUCUUCGCCAGAUUUCGGCAGGUGGCUCGUUGACAAUGCAGAUAGAAUCAACAUAACUCCCCAAAGCAGUAGAAGAGCUGAGAAAGGUCGAAAGUGGCUCCCUUGGUUGUGAUUGGUCAAGGUCAAACGCAAUGCUAGAUUAGGUAUGUAAAACAUACUGCCUGCAUAGUUAUCAUGACUUUUCUGGGAAGCAAUAGGAUGUGUUUAGACAAAUUGAUCACACCCCCUAACUUGUAUUUCCUUGUCUGUUAGAUCAUUAUUCAUCACCUAGGUUCAGGGUGUCUAAGAGAUUUAUAUGUUCGCCUAGAUUUGCAUACAUUUAGCCAUUGAAUGGGAAGCAUGUGUGGUGUAACUUUAUAGCUUUUUUGGGCUGCACCUAACUUCAAUUCAGUAUUUACUGCACCCAUGAUUUUCAUGGAGGGGUUGUCACUGUAUCACUUCGAAAUGUAAUGUAACUUUAUAGCCUAUUGGGGCUGAUUGGCUUCAAUUCAAUUGCUAUUGUACCA